UUUAAAGAUAAUAAAUGGCGUCAAAUAACCAUCAUCUGAACGCAGGGAUGGCAAGUAUGUCCCUAAAGAAUGCUCCAAGGGGAAUGAUGCCUGCUCCGCCGUCAUCGUUUGCUCCGCCGUUUAGUGUACAAAAACCUAGUCCACAGAUGCAGCAGCCGCCAAUUCAAACAAGCAGUUCAGUGAUAUUUAAUCCAUCAACAAACAGUUGGCAGACGAACAAUGGUCAGUUCCACGGGCAACAGACUCAGGAACCAACUAAUGAAAAUACCAGCCAGAAUGCAAUGAAUGGGUCUGCCAAUGGUCAUAAUGGUUCAGCAAAUGGACCUGGGAUAGUAAACUAUACGGCCUCUGGUAAUCGAGAAGCAGCCAAUAACUCCGAAAACAACACAACAAAUAACUAUAAUAUCCAGCAGCACCAUACACAGCCAUCGGCAGUGGAACAGCCUAGAAUGAGUAUGGCGAAUGGAAAUGCAUAUCAUGAACAUCAACAACCUCGCUAUGGGGCGUACCCUCCUAACACCAUGAGGCCCCAAGUAUCAUCAACUCCCGGUAUACCUCAAAACACCACCCAGCAACAUCACCCAUCCCAAACACAAACUCCGCAGCAGAACCCGGGUAUGCCCCCCGUGGGCAAUACUCAAGGACAAAUGAACUAUCCACAACAAACCAUGGGUAUGCAGUCUUUAGGUAAUAACCAUGGGCAAGUAAACCAGUCGCCAAGUUUUCAAUCAAAUGGACCUCAGAAUACGAGUCCACCGCAACCUCCCCAGCAUCCACCAUCUUACCAGUACAACUCAAAUCCAUACCAACAGAACAACCCAAACCAAGGUCAAAGGCCUCAAUACGUUUCCCAGCCGCCCCCACCACCAGUUUUAGGUCCUCAAGUCAAUAACGCUCCGCCAUCAGCGCCGGGAUUUCCGCCUAUGCCUAGAGGCCCUGGUCAAAACAUGGGAGCUCGAGGACCACCUGCUGGUCAAUAUCCACCGAUGCAUCCGACUAAUGCAAAUGGAGGCAUGAAUGCGCCAGGAUAUCCACCACAGCCACCGAUGCCGAAUCAAAUGAAUACAGAUGGACUUGUUUCUUGUAACAUGGCUCCUUCAGGAGGCAUGGAACACUCGAUGACUCAGCCGCAUUCUCCCCCGGGACCCCCUCAGCAACCGCAGCAGAGAAACAGACUGGAUCCAGAUAUGAUGCCUAGUCCGAUCAAUGUGCUGGCCGAUGACCAGAGAGCGAGAGGCGAUGAAACUUUCGAGACCGGUAGUCGAAUGCAGCCGGGUGGAGUGCCUCCCUUGUGUACGACUAAAUUCGUGUCUGCUGACCGAGGAAACUGCAGACCACAGUUCUUAAGAUCCACACUCUACAGCAUCCCAACAACCAAGGACAUGUGCAACAAUUCUAGAAUCCCCAUUUGUCUGGCACUACAGCCAUUGGCAGCAGUUCCUCCUGGAGAGAACCCAGUUCCGCUGGCCGACUGCUCGGCGACGCGAAUUCCCAUCAGGUGCAACAGAUGCAAAGCGUACAUGUCCCCUCUGAUGGUAUUUGUAGAUGGCGGGCGCAAGUUCGAGUGCCUUCUGUGUGGGUGUGUGAACGAAGUUCCGGAGCCCUACUUCUGUCACCUGGACCACACAGGACUACGAAUGGACAAUUUCCAUCGCGCAGAGUUGUGUGUCGGUUCCUAUGAAUACCUGGCUCCAGUCGAGUACUGCAAAAACGAAAAGGCACCGAAGCAGCCUGCGUACAUUUUUAUGAUUGAUGUGUCAGCCCCUGCCAUCAGAUCUGGUAUGGUGCAACUGUUAUGCAAUAAAAUGAAGCACAUUUUGGAAGUUUUACCCAAAUCGACGAGCUCGGAUAACCCAGAAGUUUCGCCUCUUAGAGUUGGGUUUGCGACAUAUUCUCACGUGGUGCAUUUUUAUAAUUUGAGCAAAUCGCAAAGUCGUCCGCAGAUGCAAGUGGUAGCAGACACGACUGACAUUUUUCUGCCGAGUCUCGAAGGCUUCUUGGUGGAGUUCACAAAUGAAACCAAAGAUAUUAUCGAAAAGGUUCUCGCUCAGAUUCCAAAAAUGUUUGCGAACAAUUUGGAAACUGAUCCAAUUUUGGGACCAGUGAUGCAGGCUGGUUUGGAUGCUCUCAAAUCAGACGGAAGGUCAGGAAAAUUAUUCGUAUUUCACACUGCAAUGCCGACCAGAGAAGCGCCAGGCAAACUGAAGCCGAGAGAUCAACAGAAACUCCUAGGAACAGAGAAAGAGAAGACUAUUCUGAAGCCCCAGUCUGACUUCUACUCCAAAGUGGGCGUGGAAUGUGUGCGUGCAGGCUGUUCCGUGGACCUGUUUCUCUUCCCCUUCGCACACAUGGAUGUUGCCACUCUACAAGAGGUGCCUAAAUUAACAGGCGGACAACUGCACUUGUACAACAAUUUCCAGCCAACAGUGGACGGGGACAUGUUGAUGUCAGAUCUGGCGAACUGUGUGCAGAAGGAGUAUGGCUUCGACGCCAUGGUGAGAGUGCGCACCAGUGCAGGUAUCAGACCCUGCGACUUCUUCGGCAACUUCUACAUGGAGACAGCUCAAGAUGUAGAGCUGGGUGUCAUGGAUCCCGACAAGGCCAUUCUAGUCGAGUUGAAACACGAUGAUAAGUUGGACGAGAAUGCUGGCGCACAUGUGCAGGUGGCGCUGUUGUAUACUUCGUUCUGCGGUGAGAGGAGACUGCGUAUCCACAAUAUGUCUUUCAGCUGCUGCACUCAGUUGAGUGACAUGUACAAGGCAGUGGAGACAGAUGUAUUCAUCAACUGGAUGGCCAAAGAGGCAGCCAGGGCACUCCUCAAAGACAACCCUAAACAGGUGAAGGAAAAGAUGGUGGACAUGUGUGCAAAUAGUCUGGCCUGCUACAGGAAAAACUGCGCUAACCCAUCCUCCCCUGGACAGCUGAUUCUGCCUGAAUCGAUGAAAUUGCUUCCAGUUUACGCCAACAACGUCCUCAAGAGUCAAGCACUCUCAGGUGCCAGUGACAUUACUGUAGACAACAGAGCAAAUCUCAUGCAUCUACUGAACUCAAUGACUAUUAACGCUUCAUGUGCAUAUUUCUACCCCAGGCUUUUACCCUUACAUAAUAUUGAGACAUCGGCAGGAUCCGGAGACCAGACGCAGCAGGGAUCCCAGUCCUCCUCAUCGGCUCAGCAACUCCUUCCGAACCCUAUUCGCUGCUCUGCAGACAAACUGGAAGAUCAUGGAUGCUAUAUUCUGGAAAACGGACUCCUCAUGGUUCUCUGGCUUGGCCAGGCAGUCAGCCCGAACUGGAUGCAACAAGUGUUUGGUGUCGACUCAGUCAAUCAGCUGGACACAGAAGGGCCGGGAAGGCACGCAGUUCCUGUUUCGGAGACGGCAUUGAAUGAGAAAUUGAGAAGUAUCAUAUCCAGCAUCAGAGGAGAGCGAAAGAAGUAUCUGAAACUUUUCAUCGUGAAGCAGCGAGACAAGCUGGAUCUCUGGUUCCGAACAAUGCUCCUCGAAGAUAAGGGAAUGGACAACUCACCGAGCUAUGUUGACUUUUUAUGUCACAUGCAUAAAGAGAUCAGAAACCUCCUCAACUGAACUUUUUACAAAUUCUCCGAGGAGGACGGAAGAUUCGAAAAAAGGAAACGACAAUGAGACGAUCGCCACCGCAAAAAUCAUCAGAUCAACAUUUGCAUUUUUUGUUGUCUAACAAUAAUAAUCUGUUUAUAGUUUAAGGGUGCAUUCGAACAAGUUUUAGUUCAUAGCUGGAAGUUGUGUUUGUUGGUUAUUCAUUUUUUUUUUUCAAGUCAAAACUUAAAUUACGGAGACAUUUCAAGUUUUGUGAUCUUUGCUUAAGAUUAUCGGUGGCUAAAGUUAUGGUUAAAUUGGACUGCGGUAUAAAAUGUAUUGCGAGUACUGUUGGGUUGUUUUGUGUGAUGUUUUGCAUUUCGAGUUAUUAAUGAGGCGAAUAUUUAAUGUCAUAUUUGUGGCCAUUCUUCCCAGUCUUCAAUUGUAAAUUUCGAAAAAGUACUAAAAAUCAUUUGGUGUAAAAAGUAAAGAGUUAUAUUUUGCUCACUGUCAAAUUGAGUCGGUGCUUUUUGGCUUCAAUGUAAUUGCAAUGUGGUGAAAAUGUAGGAAUGGUAUUUUAGCUGCUGAACAAUAAA